CUUUAUUAGGAAGGAAAUCUUUGAACAGAAAAAUAGAAAUAAGGUAAGACAAGAAAAAAUAACAAUGAAUUACAAUCCACAAAUCCCAAGAAUGAGAAAAUUUUUAAUUUCCUAAAGAAUAUUUUGACACGAAUUCGACAUGUAUAAGAUAAAACUAUUAAUUAUUUCAGACGCCUAUAUAUAACCACCAUAACUCUUACUCUGUUACCACCACAAAGACAAAACAAAAAAAAAGAGGAAGCAAUUACUAUAGGGGAAAAAAAAAUCUGAACAAAAUGAUGAAACUCCUCUUGGUGGUGGCAACUUCUGUUGCCCUUAUCUUUAGCGUCACUGAUUUAUCCGGUGAGGGACCAAAACAUGGAGGAGAAUCCAUGUUGACAGUCCAAAUCCCUGAUUUCCGUCUGAUUCCUACCACCGGAGCUUUGGGACCGGAGAGUUUUGUCUUUGAUUUUUUCGGCGAUGGUCCUUACACCGGUUUAUCUGACGGUCGAAUUGUUAAGUGGCUAGCUAAUGAGAGCCGUUGGAUCGAUUUCGCCGUCACCACCUCCGCAAGAGAAGGUUGUGAGGGCCCGCACGAGCACCAACGAACAGAACACGUGUGUGGACGACCAUUGGGCCUUGCCUUUGACAAAUCCACUGGUGACCUUUAUAUAGCCGAUGCUUAUAUGGGCCUUCUUAAAGUUGGCCCAACAGGUGGUGUCGCCACUCAGGUGUUACCACGUGAGCUAAAUGAGGCCCUUCGAUUUACCAAUUCUUUGGAUAUCAAUCCACGGACCGGAGUUGUCUACUUUACCGACAGUAGUUCGGUUUAUCAACGGAGGAACUAUAUAGGGGCGAUGAUGAGUGGGGACAAAACUGGUAGACUGAUGAAGUACGACAACACGAAACAAGUGACCACUCUUCUAAGCAACUUAGCGUUUGUAAACGGUGUCGCUUUAAGCCAAAACGGUGAUUACCUUCUCGUCGUCGAGACCGCCAUGUGUCGUAUCUUACGUUACUGGCUCAACGAAACGUCGGUAAAGUCUCAAUCUCACGAUAACUACGAGAUUUUCGCGGAGGGGCUCCCUGGGUUUCCAGACAACAUAAAGAGAAGUCCACGUGGCGGAUUCUGGGUAGGCUUGAACACAAAACACUCAAAGCUGACAAAGUUCGCCAUGUCGAACGCGUGGCUUGGACGUGCCGCUUUGGGCCUGCCGGUGGAUUGGAUGAAGGUCCAUUCGGUUUGGGCCAGGUACAAUGGGAACGGCAUGGCCGUGAGGUUGAGCGAGGAUAGUGGCGUUAUAUUAGAGGUAUUCGAAGGUAAAAAUGAAAAUAAGUGGAUAUCUAUAAGUGAGGUUGAAGAAAAAGAUGGAACUCUUUGGGUUGGAUCGGUGAAUACUCCUUUCGCUGGCAUGUAUAAAAUCUAAAAUUGAGUAAUACAAAUAUGUUUUUCCAACAAUAUGAUUCAUAUAUAGAUAAUUAGACGAUACAUCCCCCCUCCCCCUAUUCUUAUUUUUUAGGAUAACAACUAAUAAGUCCGUUUAGUACCACUUUAUAUUGUGCUAGGUAGCUACAUGCAUGCCUUUUGAUAAUUUAAA